UAACAUUGCGUGCUACAGCAGACAAUAUGCAAGAGAAGAAGAAAUUCGGAGGGCCAUUUGAAAAGAUUCACAGAGAAGAGGCUACGCGUAAUAUUUGUAUCGCUUGAAAACUAUACAAAGGAGGAUGUUUUAAUAUUUCAAGAAGUGCGACAUUUUUAAUCCUUAUGCGACCUCGAGUUCAAAUAAUGGCUGGAGAACUUUCGGGUGUUUUGAGGGGCCAAUCCUUCUAUCUGCAUGAUGUGAAGAGACAUCAGUCUGUCACACUCACUGACAUCAUCAGCCGUCUGGGAGGGAAAGUGGACAGUUUUCUCACCAAGGAUGUGAAUGUAGUUGUGACGGGCAUUAAAGCAGCGCAUAGUGAUUUGAAGGUGGAUGGUUCAUGUACUGCAGAGAGGAAACAAAGUGGAACCCCCAAACCUCUGGUUUGUGGCAGUCGUGGAAAAGCAUUACUGGAAAAAGCAAUCCACAGCAAUGAGAAGUAUCAGAGCAGUGUGUUGGCUAAUGCUCGUUCAUGGGGAGUCAGGGUCUACAAUGUUGAUGAAUUUCUAAAGUUCAUCAGUCAUCUAAAUCAGAAAAUGAGGACCUAUAAGAAAAAAAGAAGCAAACUAACAGCUCCUCAUGUGAAAGCUGGAGUCUUGAGAGGUCCUUAUCUGAAAGUGGAGGACUCCAGCCGGAAAUUCAGACCAUACUAUGCACAAACUCUGAGUUUCCCAGUGAUGAGUUUCUCAGGAAAAUUUAGCCCUUUUGAGCCCCUCAUUCCUCUGCAGUCUGGUAAAAGCAAGGAUGUAGAUUCCAGCAAGGACAUUUUCAAGAAGAAGGAAGAAGCGACUAGUAGCUGCCAUAAUUUGCUAGCGCCACUUACUGCAAGUGCCACACACAAAGGCCUAACUAAGAAAAGUUCAGGCUAUUGUGAAUGCUGCAACAUCGUCUACAAAGACCAGUAUGAGCACUUGCAGUCUGAAAUGCAUCGUUCUUUCAUUCAAAAUGACAGUAAUUAUGCUAUAGUAGACCAACUAACGGCUGCCAUGGUUGCUAGCUUUGUUUGUAAUCCAAAUCUUGAAGUGGAUCCAACACUGAUCAAGUCAUCAACAAACUUCUCUCAAUUACAAUUGAGUAAUUUGCCUGCAGUGGUGCAGAAUUCUGUCAGUGAGAAUGAAAAAUCUCUUCAGACUUCACUUGUUCAAGAAUGUGAUUGUCUACUGACAAAUGCUGACAACAGAGGGCACUCCUUUCCUAAACCUAUCCAGAGUAUGCCGGGUCAACAAAAUGCAACCUCACAUCAUAAAAUGCAAACCAAUUCUCCUGAUCCUCUUGACAAUGUGAAAUUAGGCCUUAACAUCAGCUGCACCACAAAAGUUCAGGACGUUCAAUCUGGUGUUCUCUGCAUGGAUAUAGUCCCACAUCACAGUCCUCCAAAAUCCAAGUCAAUAGAGAAGAAACCCAAGAGCCUAUCUUCUGUCACAUCCUCAGAAGCUCCAACUAAAAUGAUCACUCUAAGUUCUUCUGGUUCCAACAAAAUCCCACGCACCAUCACUGGUGGUAAAAAUAUUCCUGACACUCAGGAACAAUCUGAAGGUGGUCAUGAUCUACAUGUAUUACCUUUGCGAAGUGGUCUUAUUGGUGGUGUUCCUAACACAGUCAACUAUCAAAAUCAAAAAAAUGAUUGGGAUCAAGGUUUAAAAAUAUGCUCAAACAGAACAAAGAUGCUACUCCAGCAAGGUGAAGAUGGUAAUUCUGAAAGUUGUGACCAGUAUGUGUUGGACAAUAGAAAGCUGCCUUCAACAAAACAAUCACUGAAAUCAGACCAAGAUAUUGUAGGGACUCCAAAGUCUGGCAUUUCUUACUUUUCAUUACCAAAUUUUUUACCAUUGCCACACUUGUCAGAUUACCCAUUUUCUAUAGUUAACUUGAAAAAGCGCUGCAGGUCCUUCACUCCAAGUCCAAAACUUGCCAAGAGAAGAAAGAUUAGUCAAAGUGAAAAGCCCAAUCCAAUUGAGGCGGUUUCCCGUGCUCCCUGGAUGAGACGGUACUCAGCUGUACUUUCCACCAUGUCGUGUUUAUCAGUAUCAAAAGUGGGUUUUACAAUGGAUAUGAAUAAUCGAAAUGGGGGUAGCAUACUAGCAACCCAUGAGUCAUCACUAAAUGAAUCAUUUCUUGUGGAUCAGAUCCCAAUGAGGCCUUCCCUAAAUUUUACUCCUAGUACCCACUGUUUGCCUCAUCGAGUUGACCAACAGGACCAUGCUGCAAAGAAACCCUGUGUUAUGCAGUCACAUGAAUUGUCUCCAAUCAAAGAUCCAGUGGAAUCCCGACUAACCACUUACUCAUCUGAUUUGGACCCUCCUCAGUUGGUUACUUUUUUCCAUGAAGACCAUAAACUCCAGCGCCAUCUGUUUCAUGAUCCUCCAGAACUGUUACCCUUUUUUAUGCAGACACCUGAAGAUACUUCCCAUACAUUAGUAGGUAAAGCCACAAACCGCUCAUUCCUGUCACACUCCGGAGCACUUGAAUCUGCUCUCCUCCCUAACCUCACAUGGUCCACAGCCUCCUCUGAGUCGGAUUGGGAUUCUGGCCUCUUGUCGUGGUUUGGUGCUGGAGUUCCUCAUCAGGCUAAAGUGGGACAUGAUGACCUGGGUCUGUUAUUACAAAAGCCACAUACAGACAUGCAGGAUGGGAGCUAUACAUCACGGUUGUGCUCCAUACUGCAACCCUCUUGAUUUACAUCAUUGGGAUUGAAGUUGCGUCAAACCGACAACUGCGACUGUUAAUGAUUUAAAUCCUAAAGCAGUUCUUAAUUCUCAAUUCUCAGUAGUCAUAAUUUUUUCAUUUGUACAAUUAGAUUAAGAUGACUACCACCAAAAUUUGUGAAAUAAUACUUGAAUGAAUGAAUUGUUUUUGUUGGGUUUUUAGUUUUUCAUAAAGAAGGUUUUAUUAUAGGAGUGUGCCUAACUCUGCAUCUAAUGUAUAAAUAUAUAUUUUUUUCUUGGUAAUGAAACUGUCUUGUCUUACAUCAGUAUUGAUAUACUUUUUUGUUAAGAAUAUUUAAAUUUCCAUUCCACAGCGUUUUUCGCUUAGUUUGCAAUAUAUCACCAAAAAAAAACCCAUUAAGUUUUAAUUACCAGCUGGCAAUUUUUUUUUCUUCUUUUUCUAGUGACUUCUAUUUCUUCUCUUAUGGCUCUCGCUUGCCCUGAAUGGCCAUGACUUUUCAGCAGGAAUAUCCAGGAACAUGUGCUGGUAUUGAGAAUUUAAUGAGGCUUUGCUGGAGGGGCAUUAUCCAAUUAGUUUAAGUGCUGUGUCUGGCCUCUCUCCAGUUUAGAGGCAGUGUUGGUGGUAGAACAAUGCCAUGGUGGUUUUUGUAGAACAUGCAGGAUAGGAUACACUGUGAAGGCAAAAUGUCCCAUGAAGGUCUUUGAGUUACUUUGAAGUCAUUUUUAAAAGGCUUUUCUGAUUUCCGGUAAAUGUGCAUGAGUGGAUGUGGUACAGAGGGCAGUGUUUUAAUUAUUUGAUGUCAGAUAAUGUUUUAAGGCAUAUUUUAGGGACAGUACUUUGUGCAUCCUAUUACAGAAGUUCUGAGUAUACAAAGCUUGUACCACUGAUGUCCAUGCAGAAUGAUUAGAAUCUUGCGCUUAGAAGAUUUUCCAUAAACACUGGAAACUAGCUUUAUGAAGGCCUUAAGACAGUUAAACAUGUUUUAAGACAAAAUCGUGAAUACAUGUAUAGUUUUUAUAAAUAACAUUUUAUUACAUUUUUAUUGUUAUUUUACUGUAUCAUGAAUUAUUGUUUUGAUAUUUGUACAGUUGUAUUUUAAAACCCGUUUACUUCCAUUCUAGAUGCUAAUUUAGCACUAUUGAAUUGUGUGCAUGCUCAUUAAAAUCUAAGCUAAGACAAA